AUGAAGAGAUUACAGCAACCAUUGUCAGAUGUGCUUUCGCGAACUACUAGUGUAACUGGAUUGUCUGGCACCGACUGGAAGAAACUUAGUGAUAUUAUCAAGGUCUUAGAACCAUUGAACGAGGCCACUAAAAUUGCUUGUGGGUCAAAAUACCCUACGAUCUCCAUGAUUGAGCCAAUACUUCGAGGGGUGGAGGAAGCUUUCGAAAAUCUUGCUUUCGAUGACGAGACAAGCGUUGGUCUGAAUAAUAUUGAUAGCGAAGAUAGUGAUGACGAUGAUAAUAGUGAUGAUGUUCAGAUGGGACUUCCAACGAUUGAUAACGAGUCUCAGAUGCCUAUGGGUUAUAACUUUUCAAAAAAUAUAAUCCGGAAUUUAAAAAUUAGGUUUUGUGAGAUUGAGGAAGAUAAGUUGUAUCGUAAAUGUACAUUUCUCGAUCCUCGUUAUCAGGAUUACUUUUUAACCGAUGAUAAGGUGAAAGAUGACAUAAAGAAAGAUAUAAAAGAAGAGAUUAUUGCCUAUAAAUAUUCGAACAAUGUUUUUGAAAACGAACAUGAAACUGUUGCUGAACCUCCUGUAAUCAAACCCACCAAGUUUUGGGACUUCAUGGAACAGCGACGAGCUAAUAGAGAAGAAACAGUAACCUUGCGCCUUGAGAAAGACAUUGAUCGAGAACUUAUUCAAUAUUUGUAUUCAGCAGAUAUUGAUCCUUGGGAUGAUCCUAUUCAUUGGUGGAAAAAAGAAUCAGUUAAAUAUCCUCUCUUAUCAAUGCUGGCUCGACGUUAUUUGCCAAUUCCAUCUACGUCUCUUGAGAGUGAGAGGCUGUUUUCUACUGCUGGAGACAUUGUGACUGAAAAGCGCAAUUCAUUAUCACCUGAUAAUGUUGCUCGGUUGUUAUUUUAA